GGUACGUGGGAACAGGUGAGUUGUUACCCUCUUCAAAAAGCUGAAUCUGGCGGGCCAUUGGGCCCUGGGGCAGUAACUCGGUGAGUGUGUGCCCUGGGCUAGCGCCUUCCCCUACCGGCACUCGAGGGCCUUUCCCAGGGAUCUGCUGUGGGCCCUCCUCUGUUUACAUAAGGGGCUGGGUUCCCCGGAUCCCAGGCUAAAACCUGAUGAAUGAGGCCAGACGGCCGGAAGAACGGCAGAAAUAAAUGCAGGAGGUCUCCAGACCCCUAUUCUGACCUCCGAAAAGGCAAGACAAGGAGGGAUGGGGAUUUGGACACGUUGGGGGAGCUGGAUGGGGUGAGAGGGAGUCCUGGUUUUAUUCCUCUUCUCUUCGUAGGCCCUAUCGCUGUAGUGUGCAGGAAGGAAGCUUCUGGGUGUGUGAUUGGAAGGAAGGGCUGCUGGUUUGCAGGAAUCGGGGGUCCAGUGUCCAGAGGUUGGGUCAGAAGCCUUAAAGGGUGGUCCUUGGCCAAGAAUAGGUGGACAGUCAGCUAGCAGGAGAUAGUUGGAUUCAGGCAGGAACCCAGACAGGUCAGCUUGGCCAGGGAUCAGCACAGAUCAGAGGGCAGCCCAAGACCAUUCUGGCUGGGAGACGGGCAGCCAAUCCAAGCAACUGGCUGGUCAGGCCCUCCAGUGAGAUGGGCUGUUGCCACUUCCAUGGUGAUGAAAGCUCCUGUUGAGUGUAUCCUCCACUGUAGCCGCCCAAGUGGGUGUGAAAGCCCAGGAGCAGAGUCCCCGGUCCACAGAGACAGACCUCAUUCCCUGGCUGGGGGAGGGUGAUGUCCAGACUUAGGGCUGGAGCCCAUUCCCAAACAGAGCAGGUCCAAAGGGGAAAUGCCUGGGAUGGUCAAUCAGUGAGAGCCGGUGGGGUGAGCCAGUCACCAGUCCUCUGGAAGAACAUUCUGCUGGACCCAUCUGGGUGCUCCACCGGGUGGUCAGAUAGUGACAUUGUUAGUUGGAAGCAAUCGAUGUUUGCCAAAUGAUCCAAAAGAUGGCUGGAGAGGGCCAGUUAGAUGUGCUAUAGGUUGGGGACAGAUAGGCAGCCCACUUUGCCUUUGGUUAGGGACAUUUGGGUGGUAGGAGACAGGCAGACAGCCUGUUGCUGUUGCCUGGAGAUGGUCGGGCAGUCAGCCGGACCUUUGACCAGGACAGCCAGGCCCUCAGCCUGACCAAGACUGAACCAGCAAACGGGUCAGUUGGGGUUAUUGAGUGGCCAGGAGACUGGAAAUUGUGUGGUGGGAGCACAGAGGAGCAGCUCAUGGGUCACACAGCUGGGGACGGUGUCAGGUGGUCAGCCUGACCAUCAGAUGGCCAGCCUGCCACGGUGGUGGCUGGAGGCAGGUGGGUGGUCAGUCUGAGCAGCCCACACCCUAAGCAGUCUGAUUGUCACGACGGUGAUCCAGGGACACAAGGUGCCACUCACAGAGCUGCCCUGGAAGCCUUGGCACCGCUGCAUAGACUCUGCUUGGCAGGAGACCCCCCACCCGCACCCCAGAUGGUCAGUCCCCCAGAGACGGCCAAACCUUCAGACACCCAGCUGCACGGUCCUCCCACCUAAGCAGCCCAAUGGCAGCCUCCCAGCUGGCAGCGCUGGAAGGAGUGGGGUCAGGGCCCGAGGGGCUGCCCUUGACUGAGGCCAGCCCCAGCUUCCUGUAUUCCGAGGGCCAGCGCCUGGCUCUUGAGGCUCUGCUGAGCAAGGGCGAAGAGGCGUUCCAGGCCUGCGUGCAGCGCGAGGGGCUGCGGCCCUUCCUGAGCGGGGAAGAGCUCCGGAGCCUGGUGGCGGCCGCUGAGAACUGGACCACAUGCAAGCAGCCACCCGGCAGGGCAGCAGAGGGAGCCACUGCCACCGAUGGGGACUCCGGCAGCCUGACUUACUGGCCCGGACAGUCAGAGGAGCAGGUGCCCACGCUGCGAUUGGGCUGGCCGGAGGACUCGACCUGGAAGGGAAUCACCCGGGCACAGCUGUAUACCCAGCCACCCGACGAGGGCCACCCGCCCCUCAAGGAGCUGGUGCGCCAGGAAAUCCAGGCCGCCUGCAAGCUAGUGGCCGUGGUCAUGGACAUCUUCACUGACCCAGACCUGCUUUUGGACCUGGUAAACGCUGCCACACGCCGCUGGGUGCCUGUCUACCUCCUCCUGGACCGCCAGCAACUGCCUGCCUUCCUGACCCUGGCCCACCAGCUGGGAGUGAACCCCUGGGCCACUGAGAACCUAGAUAUCCGUGUUGUGCGGGGCUGCAGUUUCCAGAGCCGCUGGCGACAGCAGGUAAGCGGCAACGUACGAGAGAAGUUUGUGCUGCUGGACGGCCACAGGGUCAUCUCCGGAUCCUACAGCUUCACAUGGAGUGACUCACGCCUGCAUCGCGGCCUGGUGACCCUGCUGACCGGUGAGAUUGCCGAUGCCUUCAGCCGAGAGUUCCGGACACUCUAUGCGGCCUCCUGGCCGCUCCCGCCCGCACCCACCCUGGGCCCCUUCGUAAGCACCGUGGGGGGGCUGCAGCUGGCUCCCAACCCCCACCGUGUGGUCCGCCGCCGCUCUGUGGCCCCCAUGUCCCCGCCGCCACCCGACGGCCCGUUGGCCCAACGCUUGGCUGCCUGCCGAGUAUUUGAGGGUGACAGGCAGGAGACCCCGGCCACCCCAGGGCCGGCGCUGAGCGACAUCCUGAGGAGUGUCCAGCGUGUCCGGACCCCCAGCGGCCCCCCGGCCCGGCCCAGCCGCUCUCUAUGGGACCUGAGCCGCCUGUCCCAGCUGUCGGGCUCCAGUGAUGGUGACAGUGAGCUCAAGAUGUCCUGGGGCUCCAAGGACACCCCGGCCAAGGCCCUGAUGAGGCAGCGGGGCACCGGAGGGGCUCCCCGGGGGGAGAUAGAACCCCGUCCUGUGGGCCGGUCCCAGCCCUGGGGCGGCCCCCUGCCCCUCCUCCCGGCUCGCCGCCUGCGCUAUCUGUCCCCAACCCGAAGGAGGUUUGGUGAAGAUGCUGCCUCCAAACUCCUGGAACCCCGAGGAGUCCAGCAGCCAGAUCGGGGUGCCCAGGCAGGACUCAGGGGGCCUCGCUGACCGGAGCCGAAGCAUCACUGGGCCUGCCUGUUGACUGGCAGCUCCAAGCCCCCUGCCUCCAUGCGGUGACUUGGACAGGCUUCUGGCCUGGGUCUCUGGAAAGUGGAAAGGAUUUUUUUUCCUCUUUGUUCUAGAACUUGGGCAGGCCCAGUGCUCGCUCUAGAUGCCAGUGUCACAGCUUAGAAAACGGGCAGAAAGUCUCGACUAGCUGGAAUCCUAGAAGAGUGCAUACCCUACUGGGGCCAGGUCAGAACUCCUCUGAGGACAGGCCUGGCUGAGUGGCCCCGGUGCCGGCAUUGUGCGGGGUGAAGGUGGGGCGUCCCUGGGACAAAGUGGGGGAGCUACCUGCACCCACCAUGCUCAGGAACUGUGGGUAAACAGCUUGGCAGAGAAGCAGACAGAAUCCCAUACAGGGACUGGGGCUGAAUAACCAGGGACACACCUGCUGGGCAAUGGAUCAGGGCUAUGGGCGCUGGGACUGUUUUGUGGGUGCUAAGGGGUGAGUUGUUGGGGCUCCCUUUACCUCUGCUCAAAAUAAAGCUGCUUUAUGCCAGAA